AUGGGAGACCCCAGCUCGCGCUUAAGGCGAUCGGCCCUCAUUCUGUAUGGGUCUGAGACGGGCAAUGCGCAGGAAGUAGCCGAGGAAUUGGGCGCCUUGGCCGAGCGGCUUCGUUUUACCACACAUGUAUCUGAGUUGAGUCAAUGCAAGCCGGAGAUACUAUCAUCCUACACGCUUACCUUGUUUGUGUCAUCCACUACGGGCCAGGGCGAUCUGCCUGCAAACGCACGCUCGUUCUGGAAAUCGUUGCUGCUGAAGAAGCUGCCUCCAACCUUUUUGGAGGGAGUCAACUUCGCCUGUUUUGGACUCGGAGAUAGUUCAUACCCGAAGUUCAAUUGGGCAAUCCGCAAACUCUAUAAGCGCCUGCUACAGCUGGGUGCGAACGAAAUUUACCCCACGGGUGAAGCUGAUCAACAACAUCCGGAAGGACUGGAAGGCUCGUUCCUCCCAUGGAUGACGGAUUUUCGAAAGCAUUUGCUCGAUAGACAUCCUCUCCCGGACGGACAACAUCCAAUUCCAGAUGAUGAACAGCUUCCUCCAAAGUGGAUGCUGAAGCCACAGGAAGAAAAGCCAGCAACCUCAAGACUUCAGCCUUCCACCAAGGUAGACCCUCAGCCUGCUGCAGAUGAUCACCCUGGGCUGCACCACCUGGAUUAUGACACUCGUCCAAUUCCUCAUACUCUGUCUGCAACACUGACUGGAAAUGAACGGGUGACCCCUCAAAAGCAUUGGCAGGAUGUGCGCCAUGUUACCUUGACGGUGCCAGAGGCGGUCUCCUACGUUCCCGGAGACAUGAUUGCCAUCACACCGAAGAGCUCGCCAAAGGAUGCACAACUUCUUAUCGAUCUAAUGGGCUGGCAUGACCAGGCAGAUCAACCAAUCUCCCUCGUACCAACCGGGGACACAGCCUCUCCUCCCCCCAUCCCGAAUCUCGAGUCAUAUCCCAACCUCACACUGCGUGCGCUCCUCAUAGACUAUCUUGACAUCAGAGGAAUUCCGCGCAGGUCCUUCUUUUCAGCCAUUGCUCACUAUACAUCCGACGAGAUGCACAAAGAACGUUUAUUAGAAUUCACAAACCCCGAAUACAUCGACGAACUAUGGGACUAUACAACUCGCCCCCGUCGCAGUAUACUCGAGAUCCUGCACGAGUUUGACACAGUCAAGAUCCCCUGGCAGCAUGCGAUUUCCGUCCUCCCCGUCAUGCGCGCUCGCCAAUUCAGCAUUGCAAGCGGUGGCCAGCGCAAGCAGACGGCAGACGGUAGAACCCAAUUCGAACUACUGAUUGCCAUCGUGAAAUAUCAGACGGUGAUCAAAAGAAUCCGCGAAGGUGUCUGUACCAAGUACCUCUCCGUGCUCCGACCAGGCAGCACGCUUCAAGUCCAACUCCAGCCCGGCGGUCUCAACUCGUCCGUACAGCAACUCACCGCCGCAACCGUGCUCAUCGGACCAGGAACCGGGAUCGCACCUCUCCGAUCCAUGCUCUGGGAAAAGGCGGCUCUGGUUCAAGCCUACCGCGACCAAAACCCAGGCGUCAAUCCACCCGUCGGCCCAACGGUUCUUCUUUACGGUGGCAGAAAUCGCGAAUCAGACUUCUUCUUCGAGGAAGAGUGGGCGCACCUCAGCAAGCUUAUCCCGCUGCAAGUUCUCACUGCUUUCUCGCGGGAUCAGCAGCGUAAGGUCUACGUGCAGGACACUAUCCGGGAGAACUUUGCACUGUUCUUCCGCCUACUCCAUGAUAUGCAGGGCUCAGUUUACAUCUGCGGCUCGUCUGGUCGUAUGCCCCAAGCUGUCCGCGAAGCUCUCAUUGAGGCGUUCCAGAAUGGAGGGGCACCUGUCGCAGGGCAGCCGUUUACUCGUGCCCAGGCUGAAGAGUACCUUGUUAAAAUGGAGAAGAUAGGUCGGUACAAACAGGAGACUUGGUGA